CAUUAAAGGCGGAUCAGGGAUGGGGCUCUGCUGUGGAUUUUGCGAUCUGCCCCCGCCCCCAGGGCCAUUCAAGGUCGCUGGGCGUGGUUCUGAGCUGUGCUUUAGAAACGGCGGGUCGGAAAGGUUCUGGAUUACAUACUUCAAGAGCACAAUUGUCCCCUUCUUCCUCCUUCUUAGUGUCUCGGGUCCCUUUGGACUAACUCCUCGGCGCCCAGGCGGAGGAAGGGGCAAGGGUUCUGCGGAGACUUGUUCCCUUCUUAACACCAUCCGGCGGUGGCCAGUUUGAGCUCGCUCCGCCUUUCACCUGCCUACUUCAGCCUUCUAAACCUCCAUCUCCUCCUCUUCCUCUCUCGCAAAUAAAAGCAUCAGUUACCGGCCUCUUGCAUUUUCUCUCUCCGGCCUGUCCAGGUGCUCUGUGCUUUAGAUGCAUUGGCACGGGCGAGGAAGAGGGGGUGCUAAAGGGGCGGGCGAGAGGGCUGCAAGCUUAUAAACACACUGUGCCGCUGUGCCCUGUCCGAAAGGGAAGUGCUGGACCGAGCCGCGAGGAGGAAGAAGCUGAGGACACCGGCUGGGCUAAGUGGCUCCCUGGGCUGCUGGUGAGCGCCCGGGGUGGAGCAGUCCGGUCCCAGGCUCAGUGUGCUCAGAGCUCCCAAGGGCUGGCGAUAUUCAGGACUCCGUUGGCAGAGUGAGAAGGGGCACUUCUAUAAUGUCCCCUGCUACUGCUCCUGAGCCUGGUGGGGAUGUGAGUGGAAGGCACAUCAGCAAAAUAAUUUUUUUCCUUUUUGUGUUUGGAGUCAUCUUGCUAUGUGCAGGAAUCUUGCUUUCCAUCUUUGGUUUCCAAACAUGCCAGUAUGAAACCCUUAUUGACUGCAGUGCAGUACUGAAAAUUGUGGGGCCUUCAUGUGCUGUGAUUGGCCUUGGAGCAAUCAUAUUGGCCCGUUCCAGGGCAAAGCUUCAGCUCAGAGAGAGGCAGCUGCAAGGCAACCAGAUUGACCCAGACAGCUUCUUUCUUUGUGGAGAAAGUCGCCAAUUUGUCCAGUUCCUCAUCUUUGGAUUCUUGUUUUUAACCAGUGGGAUGCUGAUUAGUGUGCUGGGCAUUUGGGUCCCUGGAUGUAACUCAGGAUGGUCCCAGCCGCCAUUCAAUGACACGAACUCCUCCAGUGCCGAGCCACAAGCAUGUGGGUUUCUGUCUCUUCAGAUAAUGGGGCCUUUGAUAGUGCUCAUUGGAUUAUGUUUCUUUGUGGUAGCUCACAUUAAGAAAAGACACAACUUGAGUUCUAGCCAAGACUCCUCAGAAAAUGAAGAAAGACGAUCACAGAUCAACGAACCUGUACAAGUCACUGUAGGUGAUGCUGUGAUAAUCUUUCCACCCCCACCUCCACCUUAUUUUUCGGAUGUUUCAACACCUACAGUGAUAACACGUAACUCUGCAUCUAAUAGUUUGCCUCUGAGUGAGAACCCACCAUCAUAUUACAGUAUUUUUAAUUAUGGAGCCCAAAUUCCUGAGGUUCAAGGAGCAGCCUUUUACAGAGAUACUGAAUCUAUAUAUACAAUUUCUGGGACUAAUUUAUCUUCAGAGACAUCACUUGCUUCACAUAUUUCAUCUGAAUUACCUCCCAGAUAUGAAGAAAAAGAAACUGUGAAUGUUGAUCAUCCCACCUCUUCUACUUCCUCUUCUUCCUCUUCUCAGCCUUCUCCACCAUGAACUAUGAACUGAGUUCACUCUUCUAAGUUCUUGUUUUUGUCUGAUCAUACAUUUAUUUAAUUUGUUUUUAUAAUAAAAACAUACAACAACA